GCAACCAACAAACGAUACGCGCGCGCCCUCGAGUGAAAGAAGAAUCAAUGGAGGUCAUUCAUUGCAUUUUUGUGCAUUUCAUACGACCGAUAACAAAUUGUUGAAUCGAAAAGUUACAGUUGUGAGUGAAAGUUUAAUUAGGAUUGGUGUAAUGUGUGUUUCUGACGAGACAAAAUGUAGUAAAGAGUCCUUUCUAAAAAAACAAUCAUAUUGCCGUGUGUCAAAAUAAAGGUGGCCAGCAAGCGACUAUUUUCUAAAAACGUAACCAUGGCAGAUCAGUUUUGUUUACGUUGGAACAAUUUCCAGACCAAUAUAGUGAGUGCAUUGGAUUCAUUGAAGUGUUCUGAGGAUUUGGUCGACGUGACACUUACAUGCGAAGGAAGAAAUAUCAAGGCUCAUAAAGUUAUACUGUCAGCCUGCAGUCCGUACUUCAGAAAUGUGUUCAAGGAAAAUCCAUGUCAGCAUCCAGUGAUCAUCCUCAAAGAUGUAUCUGCCGAUGACAUUGUCAGCUUGCUAUCGUACAUGUACCAGGGAGAAGUUUUCAUAGAAGAGAGUAAGCUGUCUUCAUUCCUCCAUACGGCAGCUCUUCUGCAAGUUAAGGGAUUGACUGGAGUAACACAACAGAAAGAAAACUUUAUAUCCCCGAACACAUCAAACAAACUUUAUACACAACUGACAAUAUCCUCAAAAACACAAUUUGGUGCUUCAAGCAAAGAAGUAAAAAUCCCCGCUCUAAAGAAAAGAAGGAGCAGUACGUCUGAUAAACCUAAUGACAUCGGAGAGAGUCACAAAAAGAGUAAAUUAUUAGAAACUUGUGAUAUUUACAAUAGGAGUAAUCUAUCACAUUUAAUGGUAGAGAAUCCGGUUUUUGUAGCUGAUAAAAAAGUUGAGAAGAAACCUGAAAACUGCCCGGAACCCAUCAUAGCUAAUGGGAAAACCUCUAAACUGAAUCAGGCUCAAGGCGACAACAUUCCUUUAUCAAUAAAAACAGAGCAGAUUGAUGACAACAAUUCACCCAUCUCAGUGCCCACAAAUAACUCGGAAAAUGAUGACAGUCUUCCAGAUUAUGAAAACAGUAUGCUUGCCAGGUCCUUGCUACAAGGAAUUAAUCCAUCUAAAAGUGAUAUCAGUGCCAAUAACAAUUCAACGACUAAGAAAGUGUCAAACAUAGCAGAUAUGUGUACGUCGCGAAGUAAGGAUACAAAUAACGAAUCUCCACCAACCAAUCCUGCAGCAAAGAGCCCUCUAAAACUACCCGGAGAAGACAUUUUAGUGAAACCUGAAAAACAAUCACCGAAGUCAGAUAUUGAGUAUGAACCGGAAAUAUUGCUGUCGGAGCAGCAAGACAGUACAGAUGCAGAAAACACAUUCUCACAGGAACAAUCUCAAGCGUUACUAUUACUUGCAGGCAUGUCAAGUGUCACCGGAUUAUCCGUAGGUGCUUCUACUUCACAGGGAGUCUCCCACCAGUCAAACCAUGCCGCUAUCUGCGGUGACUGUCCACAUUGCGGCAUGAAAUAUUCUAACCAAUCUGCGCUUAAAUACCAUGUCAGGCUUAUGCACUCUGACUUAACCAAUCGCCUUUGCUGCUACCUUUGUCCCAGGUCUUUUACAAUGCGAGAGACGUUUAAAGAGCAUAUGUGGUCUAGCCAUGGACAAAGAAAUUAAAAUUUUACUAAUGCAAGUUAAUAAUGGAUAAAGUACACUAUAAAAUGUUUUUGCAAAAUAGUUAUCUACAUUAUGUAGAUAAUAAUUAUCUUAUUUAUGAUUUUGGAUUUAAUUCCAAACGAUAUUUAAAUAUGUAAUGUUAGUUAUUUAUGGUGGUUACUAAGGAUUCAAGUGUGCCUUAAAGUUGUGUAGUUGUAUUCGGAGUGUAUCAAAUUAAAUGUGCCUUUUUGAAAAUAAAUUUGCCGUCCUACAUUUAACGGGAGACACUUUAUGUUAGCGUAAGCAAUUUUACAUAACAUUUGGCGAAAAAUUGGGUUAAUCCGAUAACUUUAAUUGAAAUUUAUCAUUUAUUAGCCUAUUAAACAUUUAGAUUAAGACAGAUUCAUCGUUAUAUUGUUGUUAAUUUAUGGAAUCAGUCACUUUAUUUGAUUAAUUCUAACUAGUUUUUUCACUUUUACCAUAAAAUGUAUGUUGGGAGUAACUUUAGAAAAAAAAAUGUGAGGUGUAAAUAACAAAACAAUGAAAAUAUUCUGGUUUGUAAUUGGUGCUAAUAAUAAUCUACAAUGAAAGUAAGUAUCGCAAAAUGGGGUGCCCUAAAAAAUGGGGAAGCAGCUGAAUUAAAGCUUAAUCAAGCUAGAUAAACCUAGAGUCAAUGAAUUUAUGAGCUCCAGGUAUGGUUCUUUGGCCGCUUGCCGCGCGCGUUUUAUAUAGAAUCAGUGCUUCAGUAUUGGCGACAUAACAAGCGAAUAAAUUUACGCAAGCCUUUUUUCGAGGCAACCUGAAUCUUUCUUAAAAAACAUUAAAAAUAUGUAUGUACUUUCAAGCAUUUGGUUGAAACUAUUUGAGCUCAUAGUCACCCCAUUUAAUGAUACAUUUAUGUUUUCAUGUAACUAAGUGUGCCUAUACGUAGCCGAUGUCAAAUAACUAAAUUGUAUUUUGGAUAGUUCUCAAAAGUGACAUAAACUUUUGAAACUCACAACAAGUUUGUGAUAUUAUUAGGAAUAAGGAACAUGUAUCGUUUAUAAGUUAAGUGCUUAAAACUAGUAUGACCAGUAUUGAGAAACAGGAUAAAUGCUACACGAAAACAGUGAGAAAAAAUACUUUAUUACCCCAAAUAGAUGUAAGGUUUCAUUUAGAUCUAUUUAGAUACCUAAUUUAUUAUUUAUUUGUUUAACCUUGGCUCAAAGGGUUGAUUUAGUUGUUUCGUUUGGAAAUAAAGCCAAUUCAGGAUGUUUAAGGUGGAAAGCGAAAUAUAUUCUUUUCCAUAUUCCCAUUUUAUUUCAGGGGCCUAUUUUUAAAGGAUGUUGUAUUUGUGUUUUUCUAUAUUUUUGUAUUCAAUAGGGCUGUUGCUGUUAUUUGAGACGGACUAAAUUAUUAUUUCGAAUUUUAUUACAGAUAUAAAAUGAUUUCAUUGGUAUUAUUAAUUUCUAUACCUACAUUUUUUUACUGGCUUGGUAAGAAUUGCCUCUGUUAGUUUGUGCCAAACUAAUAUUGCAAAAUAAUUUAGUAAAAUGUUAUUAUCGCGUAACUUAUUGCUAAUUACAUUAUUUUGGUAGUUAAAAGAUUAUGAGGUAAUUUAAAUGUCGAAUUAUUUUGCUUAGUGUUGAACUGUUCUUGUUUCAAUUUCAUCUUUGAAUGUCUAAUUUUAAAUAAAUUUACUAUUUUAUUUUAAUUAAGGUCGAUCGAAGUAAUUGCAGCCUUGAAGCAAAUGCGUCUACUCUAGUAUUACAAAUUGCGCCCAUGGUGAAAGUGCCUUCAACAGUUCCCAUCUUAAUUUUAUUUCCAGAAUAGGAGCAUUUACCUCUCGGUUGCAUUAACUCCCGUUGGCGAAAAAUGCCUUAGCGCCACUUGCACCAUCCCCCUAAUCCGGAGUUAAGCGGUUAAACCGUUAAACCAGUGUCAAAUUGUACUGGUUACCAUGGUAACUCCAGGUUUAACCGGUUAAUCCCGGGAUAGUGAAAUGGUGCAAGUGGGCCUUAGUGAAAUAUAAUAGUUAUUAUAAGAAUCUUAAAUAAAUGUUACAGAACGAAUAUUUAUAAGCCUAUUAGAUAGUUUUAUCGUAAAACUAUAUUUAAUAUAUUUACGUUAAUGUAAUAUUGUUAAAUAUUUUAUUCAAAACUUUACAAAAUUUACAUUUUGACUAUGUUAUAAAAAAUAAAUAAAAAUGAUCGCUUCUUAA